AUUUAUUUAUUUUGGUGACAAAGGGUUGGUAUUUUUUCUUUAAAGACCCACGCAACAGUUGAGAAGACCCAAAACCAAAAGAAUUUGCACUUUGCACUAGCACUCCUCUGAGCAGCGAUGGUGUCGCGUGUGGCGGCGACCGGCGCAAUUGAAUUCAAGCUGUGUCAGACUGCUAACACUGCUUCCAUCUUGAAGAUCCAGAAGGGGGACAUCACUCGAUGGUUUGUGGAUGCCUCUUCAGAUGCUAUUGUUAAUCCUGCCAAUGAGCGAAUGCUUGGUGGUGGUGGUGCUGAUGGCGCUAUUCAUAGAGCUGCUGGUCCAGAACUCCGAGAAGCAUGCUAUAAUGUGCCUGAAGUUCGGCCUGGAGUCCGCUGCCCUACAGGGGAAGCAAGGAUCACCCCAGGAUUUCGGUUGCCAGCCUCUCAUGUUAUUCACACUGUUGGGCCGAUAUAUGAUAUUGAUAGCAACCCUGCAGCCUCUUUAAGGGGCUCAUACAGAAACAGUUUGCGUGUUGCUAAAGACAACAACAUUAAAUAUAUCGCAUUUCCUGCCAUAUCUUGCGGCGUAUAUGGAUAUCCUUAUGGCGAAGCUGCAACUCUGGCUAUAUCAACUGUUAAAGAGUACGCAGAUGCCCUCAGUGAGGUGCAUUUCGUCUUGCUUGAGGAUUCUGUUUACAAUGUUUGGUUAAGCAAGGCAAAUGAAUUGCUCCAAACUUAGUGCUCACUUUUUGCAUUCAUUAUGACAUUAAUCUGCCUAGAUUUUUUCUGGAUCAUACAAUGCAAAAAAAUGGAGUUAGAUUUUGUGGUAGUAUGUCUGCUCGACUUUCUGGUUCUCUAAAUGGAUAUAUGGCAAAGGUGGUAGGCGGUAGCCCUGUAGAUUUCGUUGGACAAAGGCUUCCAUAUAUAAACUUAUAGUUAACCUUGGUGUAUGUUUCUGGGUGGUAUACUUGAUUGCCCACUAUCUAACAGAAUUGUGUAGAGUUGACAUGAGUAAUAUGGCUAUAAAUUAUUUUAAUGCA